GAACUCCAGAAGAAGAAGAAAACGGGAAGUAGUAGUGCCAUCACACACACAGCUUUGAGUCUUCUGAGGUGAGGUAAUUGGGUUUUUCAUGGCCCUAAAUGAAGUGGAGGUGGUAAAAUCCUGCUCAUGUGCACACACACAGAGGUACCGCAUUUCAACUGGCUGAAGAAAACACAUUUUACAAGCACAUAUUUGAGAUCUGCUCCUCCAACCACACAGGAGUUCACCAACAGUUCAGCCUUUCCCACAACAGUUAAUGAAAGAAAGUCCGAAAACAUGACUGAUCCAGAACCCUGCAGAAUAAAACAGGAAGACACUGAACAACAAAUAGACCUGAUAGAAGAGAACAAGGAGAUUGAAGAACUGAUUGAAGAGGGGGAGAACCAUCAUGUCAAAACUGAAGAGAUAUCCUGGAGUUCCUCAUUUAAAAGAGGAGACAAAAUAUGGCCUCAGUGUGGAAAGAGUCUCUCAUGCAAGCAAAAUGUUGAUAUUCACAUAAAAUGUCAUCUUGAAGGGAAGCUGUACACAUGUAAUCAGUGUGAAAAGACUUUCACAAUAAAAGGAAACCUUACGAAACACAUGAAUAUCCACACUGGGGAGAAGCCGUACACAUGUAGUCAAUGUGGGAAGAGCUUCAGACUAAAAGUAAUCCUUAAAAAGCACAUGAAUUUUCACGCUGGGGAGAAGCCGUACACAUGUGGUCAAUGUGGGAAGAGCUUCAGACUAAAAGCUACCCUUAAUGAACACACAAGGAUCCACACUGGAGAAAAGCCAUACACAUGUGAUCAGUGUGGGAAGAGUUUCACACAAAAAGGAGCCCUUAAUGUACACAUGAGGAUCCACACUGGAGAGAAGCCAUACACAUGUAAUCAGUGUGGGAAGAGUUUCAGACUUAAGCAACCCCUUAACGAUCACAUGAGGAUCCACACUGGAGAGAAGCCGUACUCAUGUAAUCAGUGUGGAAAAUGUUUCAGAAAAUAUAGUGGUUUUAAAAAACAUCUGCUUGUUCAUUCUAGAGGAAGACUAGAUAAAAAAACAUUUUUUAGGGCAGAUUUCCAGAAGAACCACCUGAAAGUUCAUACAAAGGAGAGGCCUUAUGUAUGCUAUUUAUGUGGAAAGAGUUUUAGUCAGAUGGUUGCACUAAAGAUACACCAGAAAAGACACAGCGGUGUGAAGGAUCAUGUUUGCUCUGAGUGUGGAAAGACUUUCGUUACAUAUGGUGCACUGAAAGUGCACAAAACAGUUCACACUACAGAAGCAGCUUACAAGUGUUCACACUGUGACAAGAGAUUCAAACGGUCAGAAUAUCUGAGAAUACAUGAGAGGAUCCACACUGGAGAGAAGCCGUACACAUGUGAUCAAUGUGGGAAGAGCUUCAGACUAAAAAAAAUGCUUAAUCAACACAUGAAUAUCCACAGUGGAGAGAAGCCUCACACAUGCGAUCACUGUGGGAAGAAUUUCACACAAAAAGGAAACCUUAACAAACACAUGAAAAUCCACACUGGAGAGAAGCAACACACAUGUGAUCAGUGUGGGAAAACUUUUGUGCAUAAAGGAAACCUUAAAGACCACAUGAAUAUCCACACUGGAGAAAAGCCAUACUCAUGUGAUCAGUGUGGCAGGAGUUUCGCACAUAAAGGAAACCUUAUUAAACACCUGAAAAGACACACUGGGGAGAAGCCACACACAUGUGAUCAAUGUGGGAAGAGUUUCGCAGAAAAGGCAACCCUUAAUGAACACAUGAGGAUCCACACUGGGGAGAAACCAUACACAUGUGAUCAGUGUGGGAAGAGUUUCAAGCGAAAAGAAGGCCUUAAUGAUCACAUGAAAAUCCACAGUGGAGAGAACCCGUACACAUGUGAUCAGUGUGGGAAGAGUUUCAAGCGAAAAGAAGGCCUUAAUGAUCACAUGAAAAUCCACAGUGGAGAGAACCCGUACACAUGUGAUCAGUGUGGGAAGAGUUUCAAGCGAAAAGAAGGCCUUAAUGAUCACAUGAAAAUCCACAGUGGAGAGAAGCCGUACACAUGUGAUCAGUGUGGGAAGAAUUUCACACAAAGAGGAUCCCUUUAUCAACACAAGAAAACCCACACUAGAGUGAAGCCAUACACGUGUGCACAAUGUGGGAAGUUUUUCAAAAAUUCAAGUUUUUUUAAAGUACACCUGCGUACUCAUUCUAGAGAAAGACAAUAUAACUCUGACCAGUGCAGUAAAAAUAAUUUCAGGGCAGAUUUCCUGAAGGGCCACGUAAAAGUUCAUACAAAAGAGAGGCCUUACGUAUGUAAUUUAUGUGGAAAGAGUUUUAGUCAGAUGGUUGCAUUAAAAAUACACCAGAAGAGACACAGCGAUGUGAAGGAUCAUAUUUGCUCUGAGUGUGGGAAGGCUUUUUUUACUGAUAGUGAAGUGAAACAGCACCAAUCUGUUCACACUACAGAAACACCUUACGAGUGUUCACACUGUGACAAGAGCUUCAAACGGUCAACACAUCUUCAAAUACAUGAGAGGAUCCACACUGGAGAGAAGCCGUAUCACUGCCAUUCAUGUGGGAAGAGAUUCACUCAAUUAUAUUCUUUAAUCUGUCAUAAAUUACAUGUCUGCAUGUCUGAAAUUACAGUAAGUAGUUCAAGUUCUGGUCCUGUACUUCCAGGUAUGAUAGAUGGUAGGUAGGGCUGCAUUAAGUAAUUAUUUUGAUACAUGAUUAAUCAGAGAUUAUUAGAAUGAUUAAUCAACUAAUUUUUGAUUAUU